AUGGCUGCCGGAAGGUUACUGCUCUAUACGGGGCUUUCGCUAGCGCUCUGCGCCCUCGGCAUGCUGGCUGUGGCCAUCUGCUCCGACCACUGGUACGAGACGGACGCCAGGAAGCACAGGGACAGGUGCAAGGCCUUCAACACCCGCCGGGUCGACCCCGGCUUCAUUUACAACAACAACAACAACUUGCCUCUGCGCGCGAGCCGCUCGCGCCUGGACCGCUGGGAGGGCAAACUCCUCCGGGCCCGGAAUCGCCGGCAGCUGUUCGCCAUGAGCCCCGCGGAUGAGUGCAGCCGGCAGUACAACUCCACCAACAUGGGGCUCUGGAGGAAGUGCCACCGGCAGGGCUUCGACCCGGAGAUCGCCGCCCUCAUACGCAAAGGAGAAAUUGAGAGAUGCACGUAUAUUAAGUACCACUAUUCCUCAGCAACCAUCCCCAGGAACCUCACAUUCAACAUCACGAAGACCAUUCGCCAGGAUGAGUGGCAUGCCCUGCAUCUGCGUAGAAUGACAGCUGGCUUCAUGGGCAUGGCAGUGGCCAUCAUCCUUUUCGGCUGGAUCAUCGGUGUCCUGGGCUGCUGCUGGGACCGAGGCCUUAUGCAGUAUGUGGCAGGGCUUCUCUUCCUUAUGGGAGGAACCUUCUGCAUCAUUUCACUGUGCACCUGCGUGGCUGGGAUCAACUUUGAGCUAUCACGUUACCCACGCUACCUAUAUGGACUCCCGGAUGACAUCAGCCAUGGCUAUGGAUGGUCCAUGUUCUGUGCAUGGGGCGGCCUGGGCCUCACACUAAUCUCGGGAUUCUUCUGUACCUUGGCCCCCUCUGUUCAACCUGUCCCGAGGACCAACUGCCCUAAAUCCAGACCAGAGAAUGGGACAGUGUGCUAA